AUGGCCACAGCGCGCUCUUUGGGCGCUCUCUUACGGUCGCUCCAAUCUCCAUCAGAACUUCAAGAUGCAUCUGGCCUGCUCCCUACGGCCACCGGCCUCUUAUCUGUGCUCGGAAACCCUCUGAAUAUUAGCUUGCUUGCAUCACAACUGCUUGUAGCCCCUUCGAUAUGGGAUCAUGCAGUCGAUCUCCAAGCCUGCCGGAAGAUACUCAGUGUAUUCAACACAGCCGCCAUGGCCAUCAUCCGAAACGAAGAAUCCGAUGACCCAAGGAUACCAUACACUAAGCCUGUGAAGAUAGAGCGAGAAGCAUGGGUCAAAGCUGUUGUCAGUGGAGCGGACGAGAAGUCUCCACGUUGGAGACAUAUGCUCCUAAUUGGAGGAGUCCUUCUAGGUUUUGAAGCACAGGAUAGACAAGGCUUGCCUCUCAGUGUCCGUAAAAAGCUUGAGUCGGCUCUUGUAACUGCUGCGCAGCUUGCUAUUGAAGAGUUAGAUCCCCACAACAAGAUCGACGGUCUUUGCAUCACCAUGGUUUUGAACUAUACGUUUCCACUGUUGUCCGACUUGGAGAGGAGCAACCUUAACUAUGACCGACUAUUGCCGGUAAUGAUAGAUGCGACAUUUUCAUCGCCGGAGGGUCUCGAGGGGGGGUACUUUCUAGGGACAAUUGAUAAAGAUAUUGUUGAGGCACCAGGGAAGCGCUUCCAGUGGUCUUCACAGUCUGGUACUUUCAUGCGGGUGGCAGCAAUAUCCUCCAGUCCUCUCAUCUCGGCGCUAGGACCACUGUCCCGUCUGAUUGCACAUGCAAUUGAAAAUGCGCAUGACCCGGGACUCAUUGCGCGGUCAGUUGAUCACAUUGCGGACUUUGUCCGCACACUAAUGAUCCAAUGGCGGCAGAACAAGCUAUCCGAAGUUGACAAAGCUGAGGAAGCGGAAUUCUUGGAUGCAGAAUCAUUGAAGACAACCAUCCCAGGCUUAUGGAAACUACUUCGCAACAGCUUGUAUUCGAUCGUGAUUGUCCUCCGAGCCGUUCUUGGGAGAGUCAUCAACGAUAGUAUCUUGGCUGCGAACAGAAGUGCACCUUUCAUAUCGAUGCAGGCGCUUCAUAUACUCCGCAAUCUGUAUUUCAUUACGUCGCGUAUUGGACAAAACACCUCGUCUCAACAUAUGUUUGUGACUUUGACAGCAGCAGAUAUUCUCGCGCAAUAUCCAGAUUUAAGUGAGAACUUCUUAAGAAGCAUCAAGCCGAAUGAAAUCGGCCAGAUUCCUGCCCAUCCCCUUGAGAGAUGCCUCGACCUAUACUUUUUGAAUACGUCAGAACUUUUCACCCCGGUCCUAUCUUCGAAAUUCAGCGAAGAUGUUCUCGUUUGCGCCGCGGUUCCCUACUUGCCCGCUGGGGGAGAUAAUAAUCUUCUCGAAAUCUUUGAGGCUGCACAUAGCGUGGUGCUCGCGGUAUUCGCUAUUCCAGGGAACGCACAGGUAGCAGCCAAACAUCUUCCAUUCUACAUUGACAAUCUUUUUGCUGUAUUCCCUGACAAUCUGUCCAUCCGCCAGUUCCGCCUCGCUUUUAGAACCGUUCUCCAAGUCACUGCUCCUCCGUCGCCAAUCGCAAACACACAACGUCACCUGCCUUCUGUUCUGCUCGAAGUUCUUCACGACCGGGCACUGCACGCCUCGAACAAGGUUCUACCUCAACCUGCCGACUAUGGUGCUGGAUCAGAAACCAGCAAGACGCCACCACUCUCGGAGCAAGCUGCUCUCACACUUUCACUAAUUGAUGGUCUGAGCUUCCUUCGGGUGGAAGACUUAGAAGAAUGGCUGCCUUUGACGGCCCAACUGAUCAAUACCAUUCGUGAGACCGAGAUGCGGACCGCCUGUAUUGAACGAUUCUGGGAGGCCUUGAGCGGUGGCGAGAUGGACGUCGAGCGGGCAUGUUAUUGCGUAGCCUGGUGGAGCACUAAAGGUGGGCGUGAGCUCGUCCUCUUUGGAAAUGAUCCCAGUGCCGCCGAAUCGGACCCCCAGGGUCCUUAUAUGAGCGGUGCAGUUGGAGGAGUGGCACCGGAAAGAGAGAGUAAACUUUAA